GCUACUCUAGAUAGCCCUCGGCUUCUGGACCUCGCCCUUCCUGUCUGUGAAAUGGACUUUGGGUGAUUCCCAAUGGGAACGUCUCGAGAACUACAAGUCCCAAGGUGCUCGAGGCGACCCCUACUCCCUCUCCUCUCCGGGACCCGCCUCCCUCCAGCCGGAGUCACGUCGUCUAACCUGUUCCCGGAGCCUGCCCCGCCCCGUCCUCCGCUCCCCGCAGCCGGAGCCGGAGCCGGAGGAAGUCCCCCGGUGCCAGGAUCUGCCCCGGAUCCGCGCCCCGCUUCCGCCGGCACCAUGGACAGCGAGGCAUUCCAGAGCACCAGGGACCUUCUGGACCUGAACUUCCAGUCUUUGGCUAUGAGACACAUGGACCUCAAACAGAUGGAGCUGGACACGGCGGCGGCCAAGGUGGAUGAACUGACCAAACAGUUGGAGUCGCUGUGGUCAGACUCGCCGACGCCUCCGGGCUCACAGGCGGGAGCCCCCUCUAGGGCCUCCCCACAGCUGUCCCGGUACAGCUCCAGCCCGGUCCCCGAGCACUUUAGCAGCCGUGGGUCUCCCCGGAAGACGGCCACCGACGGCGCGGACACCUCCUCUUUCGGACGUUCCGAGAGCGCCCCGGCUUUGCUUCCCUACAGCCCGCUGUCCCCUAAAGGCCGGCCCUCGUCACCGCGCACCCCGCUCUACCUGCAGCCAGAUGCCUACGGCAGCCUGGAGCGCGCGCCCUCGCCACGGCCCCGCGCCUUCGACGGCGCCGGCAGCCCCCUCGGCCGUGCGCCCUCCCCGCGGCCCGGAUCGGGCCCGCUCCGCCAGCAGGGUCCCCCCACGACCUUCGACUUCCUGGGCCGCACCGGCUCCCCGCGUGGCAGCCCCCUGGUCGAGGGGUCCCAGGCCUUCUUCCCGGAGCGCGGGCCCUCGCCACGCCCCCAGACCUCAGCCUACGACGCGCCCGGCGCUUUUGGGAGCCCCCUGCUGGGCGCGGGCGGCAGCGCUUUCGCCCCGCCUCUGCGCGCUCAAGACGACUUAACGCUGCGCCGGCGGACCCCCAAAGCCUGGAAUGAGUCCGACCUGGACGUGGCAUACGAGAAGAAGUCUUCGCAGACAGCGAGCUAUGAACGUCUGGACGUCUUCUCGCGGCCUGCUUCGCCAGGCCUGCAGCUGUUACCCUGGAGAGAAAGCAGCUUGGACGGGCUGGGGGCCACCAGCAAGGACAACCUCACCAGCGCCACUCUGCCCCGCAACUACAAGGUCUCCCCUCUGGCCAACGACCGGCGUUCCGAUGUGGGCAGCUACCGCCGGUCCCUGGGCUCCGCGGGGCCGUCAGGCACUUUGCCCCGCAGCUGGCAGCCCGUCAGCCGCAUCCCCAUGCCUCCCUCCGGCCCGCAGCCCCGCGGUUCCCCGCGCCAGCGCCCCAUCCCCCUCAGCAUGAUCUUCAAACUGCAGAAUGCCUUUUGGGAGCAUGGGGCCAGCAGGGCCGUGCUCCCUGGCUCCUCCGUCUUCCCCCGAGCACCCCCACCCAAGCUACCGCCCCAGCCGCCCCCCCAGCCCCAGCCCCAGCCCCAACCACAGCCCCAGCCUCAGCCCCCCGCCCCAGCCCCCCAACCUCCCCAACAGACUUGGGCCCCUGUGAGCGAAGGCUCCCCCAAGCCUCCCCUGGAGCUGGAGCCGGAGCCAGAACUGGAGGGGCUGCUGACUCCGGUGCUAGAGGCUGGCGAUGCAGAUGAAGGCGCCGUAACGCGGCCCCUCAGCCCCACGAGGCUGCAGCCCGCACUGCCACCCGAGGCACAGUCGGUGCCCGAGCUAGAGGAGGUGGCCCGGGUGCUGGCCGAGAUACCACGGCCCCUCAAACGCAGGGGCUCCAUGGAGCAGAGCCCAGCUGUAGCCCUGCCCCCCACCCACAAGAAGCAAUACCAGCAGAUCAUCAGCCGCCUCUUCCAUCGUCACGGGGGGCCCGGGGGGCCCGGGGGGCCUGAUUCCGAGCUGUCCCCCAUCACUGAGGGAUCCGAGGCCAGGGCAGGGCCCCCGGCUCCGGCCCCACCAGCUCCGGCCCCACCCCCGGCCCUGCCCCAGAUCAGCGCACCGGACCAGCUACAGAGCAUGGAGAUGCGCUCUGUGCUGCGGAAGGCGGGCUCCCCGCGCAAGGUCCGCCGCGCCCGCCUCAACCCGCUUGUGCUCCUGCUGGACGCCGCGCUGACCGGGGAGCUGGACGUGGUGCAGCAGGCGGUGAAGGAGAUGAACGAUCCAAGCCAGCCCAACGAGGAGGGCAUCACGGCCCUGCACAACGCCAUCUGCGGCGCCAACUACCCCAUCGUGGACUUCCUCAUCGCCGCUGGUGCCAACGUCAACUCCCCUGACAGCCACGGCUGGACACCUUUGCACUGCGCUGCAUCCUGCAACGACACGGCCAUCUGCACGGCGCUGGUGCAGCACGGCGCAGCAAUCUUCGCCACCACGCUCAGUGACGGCGCCACGGCCAUCGAGAAGUGCGACCCCUACCGCGAGGGUUACGCUGAUUGCGCCACUUACCUGGCAGACGUGGAGCAGAGCAUGGGGCUGAUGCACAGCGGGGUGGUCUACGCCCUCUGGGACUACAGCGCCGAGUUCGGGGAUGAGCUGUCCUUCCGGGAGGGCGAGUCCGUCACCGUGCUGCGGCGGGACGGGCCAGAGGAGACAGACUGGUGGUGGGCCGCGCUGCAUGGCCAGGAGGGCUACGUACCUCGGAACUACUUCGGGCUCUUCCCCAGGGUGAAGACCCAGAGGAAUAAGGUCUAGCUGGAGAGGAGGAUGUGUCCAGGGGCGACAGACCUUUGCCCCAGACCUCUCCCUCAGUAACUGCUGCAUCUCCGUGGGCCCCCAGCCCCACAGGGGUGGGGUCCUCACCUCCAGCUCUCUGCUUCCCUGGGCGCCCAGGGGAGAAGGAGAACCCCAGCCUUAAGUUCCGAAACUGUCAAAACUGUCAGCCCGUGGGGGGGUCAAGGUCGGGGCCUGGAAUCACGGGAGGCCAGAGACACCGCGCCCCUCCCCCUCCAGCUGCCAAAUCGGAUCCCGUCCAAAGCGCCCCCCGUUCCUAUUGCCAACCCCUGCCACCCCAACACAAGCCAAGACCCCAUCCUAGGAGAGCCCGCGAUGCGUCACCUCCACUGGAUUUCCCUGGGCGUCACCUCUGCCCCGUCUCCCCAGAGCUGGGAGAGAGACACUAGCCUCUACCCGGACCCCUGCCCCACCUCUCCCCAGUCAAGUGCCUUCACACCAUGCUGGUUUUAUAACCAGCUGCGGAAGUUUCUCCUUAUAAUUAAAGGUAGUUUGCACGGAAG